AGAUAUGGGUAAUUGGUGUCCCCGGAAUUUUCGUCCGAGGCAAAGUUUACAUCGUCACUAAUUAUCAAAAAUAAAUGAAUGGCUGAACCGGUUUCUUUCACAGACGAAAAGAAGGGGGACCCGCUUAGAGAACCACCAAUCCGAUAUUUAGGCUAUGCCAAUGAAAUUGGUGAAUCAUUUCGAUCACAGAUCCAUGUUAAUUAUGUGAGGGCAACAUAUGGCUUGGCCACAGCUUAUGUGAUUGCUGAUGCCAUUCACAGAGGGGGACAAGCUGCAAAGAAACCAUGGCCAUCACAAGACGUAAGACAAACAAAAAUUCUUUGGGAAGUGUUUGACACUUUGGUUUGGCAAGGACUGGCAUCUGUCAUCAUACCUGGCUUCACUAUCAACAGAAUUUGUGCAUGCUCAAACUUUGUGUUGACAAAGACAUUAAGGAUGCCAGCACAUGUAAGAAAAUGGACUGUCACAUUGAUAGGAUUGUCCUCUAUUCCGUUUAUUAUUUCACCCAUUGACAAUGCAGUAGAUCAUUUUAUGGAGGCUACAUUUCGAAAGUAUUACAAGUACGAAGGACCAGUUCUAAAGUAAAACAUCAACAACAAAAGUAGCAAGUAAAUAUUUAUACAUUUUACUACAAUUGUGGUCUCUGUGAAAGCAUUCUGAAUCUUAAUGAAUCUUAUCUAGUUUAUCUAUGCAAGAAUUAAAAGUAUAAGAAUCGUG